CCGCGGGGAGCUGCAUGAUAAUCGCUCCCUGCAGGAAUACAGACGAGAAGUGAACGUUACAGGUGGAGCCAAGAAGAGCGUCGAGCCGGAUCACAGACCUGGAAAACACCCUCAAUCCUUUUCUUUUUUUAAAUUAACGUGGAUGCUGACAAGUCCCGGUCCCGGUCUCGGUCCCGGUGAGUAGGUUGGCACCGUGAAGAUGAUCUCCUCCAGCUCCCCACAGCAGUAGGCAGGCAGCAUGGCUUCUGCUCCUCCUUCCAGAGAGGACCGAAGUGGCUCAUUAACUCUUCGCUGGAGGCUAAAGCCGACAUAGAUAUAUCCGAGGCAGAACACUCGACUUCAAACUGAACCGAAGCAGGCUGACGUUUCCACUCCACUGUCCCCGCUCAAACAUACAUAUGAGCUGCCUUUUAGAGAGCCUGUGAAAACAGAGAUGACUCGUGCCAGAACGCCACACGUAAAGGAAAGAGACACCGACACAGUGUAACCAUAGCAACACCUGGACUGAGACUCUGGACCAUGACCCGUCUCUGAUCGGGGCCCUUGAGGUGGCAGAGCUGGACUGUGCAGCUCCUCCACACUGAGACAAACCUGGGGACUCUGAGCCAUGUCUCUUCUGACCGCCCUGAGCAUCGUCUGUGGAUGGAUGCUCCACGUUUCAUUCAGUGCACUCAACACUCACUACGGGGUCCCGCGUAAAACCGUCCCCUACCAGAACGAGUUAGGGUCGUUCAGAGAAGAGGGGAUCUUCAACUACUCCACCAUGCUGAUGAGAGAGGACCUGGGCGUGGUGCUGCUGGGAGCCCGAGAGGCCGUCUACGCUCUGGACAUCAACGACAUCUCUGUGAGGAAGGCCAUGGUGUAUUGGCGAGUUACGGAGGAAAAGCAGAGGGAGUGCAAGUACAAAGGAAAACAUCUUGAGGUGGAAUGCCGAAACUACAUCCGAACCCUGCACAGGCUGAACGACACCACCAUGUAUGUGUGUGGCACCAAUGCUUUCAGCCCCUCCUGUUACUACAUGACGUUCUUUAACGGACAGCUGAGACUGGAGGGAAAGCAGGAAGAGGGAAAGGGGAAGUGUCCUUUUGAUCCCUUCCAGAGAUACUCCUCCCUCAUGAUCGGAAGUGACCUUUAUUCUGCUACAUCCAUCAACUUCUUGGGCUCGGAGCCGGUGGUUCUGCGCAGCUCCGACUUGGCUCUGCGCACCGAGUUCAAGAGCUCGUGGCUCAGUGAACCAAACUUCGUCUACAUGGACUCUGUGGAUGAGAGCGUCGACAGUGCUGAUGGCGAUGAUGAUAAAGUGUACUUGUUCUUCAGUGAGAACGCCAUGGAGUAUGACUUCUACAGCAAAGUGGCCGUGUCUCGAGUGGCCCGUGUCUGCAAGGGGGAUAUGGGCGGCCAGCGGACACUACAGAGGAAGUGGACGUCGUUCGUGAAGGCUCGUCUGGAUUGUUCCCUCCCUGAACCCAGCCUGCCCCCCAUUGUCCAGGACGUCUUCCUUCUCAAGCACCACGACUGGAGGAAGAGCGUCUUCUACGCCGUGUUCACCCCGCAAUCGGGCUUGUCUCAGGUUUCUGCAGUCUGUGCGUACGCCGUGUCGGCCAUCAGAGACAUUUUCAACGAGGGCAAGUUCAAGACACCUGUUGCCGUGGAGACCUCUCACGUAAAGUGGGUGAUGUACACGGGAGAGGUGCCCGUCCCCAGACCAGGAGCGUGCAUUAAUAAUGUGGCCCGUAAGAUGGGGAUGAAUCGCUCUCUGGACCUGCCUGACAAAACCCUCCAGUUCAUCAGGGACCGGCCCCUCAUGGACGAGGCUGUUCGCCCUCUGACAGGAGGGCCGCUGCUGCUCAAGAAGGGAGCUUUGCUGACUCGGAUUGUAGUGGACAGUGUGUCGGCGCUGGAUGGACAGAAAUAUGCCGUCAUGUUCAUCGGCACUGAAAACGGUUACAUUCAGAAGGCUGUGAACUACGCGGGAGAAAUGUUCAUCAUCGAGGAAGUUCAGCUGUAUGAAAACGCCGUCCCUAUCACCAUCCUGCGCCUCUCAUCCAGCAAGGGCCAGCUGUAUGCAGGUUCAGAGUUGGGGGCGAUCCAGAUGCCCGUCAGUAACUGCAGCCGGUAUGACACAUGUGAGGACUGCGUCCUGGCCCGGGACCCGUACUGUGCCUGGGACUUCAGCACCGCGCUGUGCUCCUCAGUGCUCAGCCACGGCUCCUCCUCCAAACCUGCGUUACAAAGUCUAAAGGAGGGAGACGUCUCGCUCUGUCCUCAGCCAGAUCCCACAGCAGCUGUGGACUUCACCCUGGUGCCAGAGAACAACAUCCAGCUGCCCUGCCAACUCCACUCCAACUUGGCGCAGGUCCUGUGGCACUUCUGUGACAAAACGCUUCACUCCGACAACAACAAAUACUACAUCUACAGCGGGGGCCUGCUCAUCCUGAGCGCCUCUGAAGCGGACGCCGGUCUGUACACAUGUAACUCGGUGGAGCACCUCAACGGCAGAGCGUACAACCGGACCGUGGCCGUUUAUCGAUUACGGCUCUCCUCAGGCACGGGACACGAUGGCAGCACUACUCCUGGCAACAAGGUGACAGAUUCCUCAGACUCUGCUCACAGUGUGAACACGGACGCACCGGGACCGGGGCCAGACCAGGGCAACGAGGACCCGUUGUCCCCCGAGACUCUAAGUGACGCCGGCAGGGUGACACGUCUGGAGGUGGCCGUGGCGCUCCUCUCUCUGCUCUGUCUCUGCCUGAUGGGUGUCAUACUUUGGAUCUGGAGCAAAGGACACUGGGAAUGCGUCAAGUUCGCACAGCGCUCUGGUGCGAGUGAGGCCAAGAGGCAGUCGGCCGAGUACAUGCACAUCCCGAACAGGACUUCAGAGAUCAAGCUCCUGGGGCCGGAGUGUGGUAGACCCUGCAGUGCCAAUAAUAAUCACUCUGCUGUUGACUUCAAAGGGAACGGGGAGCACCACUUCACACCGAUGGCCAACAUUUCAAGUCUGGACGGUCUGGGAUACAUAAACGAUGAGUCAGAGAUCUGAAAAUCGUUCUAUAGGUGUCCUGCUGUAUAAAAGCUUUCCUCAUUAGACAUUCUUCUGAUUGUGCUCCGACCUUCUCCACGUCAGUCUGAUGUUCCCUGAUGACUUUUCAGGAGUUCUGGAGGAACCUCUCCUCCACUAAGUGGUUUAAAAUUCAUUUUUUAUAAAUGUAUUUUUUGUACAAUGAUUGUGUAAUAUAUAAUGUGUACAGCUAAGACCUUUAUUUUCAACCACUA